UUUGAAAGAGGGAAGCCCUUGGAAAAACAAGUCUCGGAGCCUAAUGACCCUAAUAGUACCCAGAAUGUGACUUGUGACUACCUAUUGGAGCAAAAACAUCUGUAAAUUACCCUGGGAUAGUCACUGAGGUAACUGUUUUUUUCUCCCCCAUCUAAAGGGGUGCAUAUUUCUCCUAAAGUGUUUCAGAGAAUCCAAACCUAGAGCAGCGAGUGAGGAACAACAGGAAGGAGGAGAGAGGAUGAGACAAACCGCCCUCUCCUUCACUCGUCUCCACCACACGCUGCUGCUGCAGGGAGGAAGAGAGACUUUAUCGCUAGCCUGCAGUGAAGUCAGUUGUUUCUAAAUGAAGGAUUCGUGUUUUCUACCUAUUGGAGCUGUCAGAGAGGAGAGUGAGUGUCUCAUUCCAGCAGCAGUGACUGGAGCGCACACAGCAAAGAAAUAAGAGGGAGGAGAGGGAAGCGCGUAGACUGACUCAAGCGUGAGGAGGCUUCCAGUACACCGUAAGACCGGGACUGGCGUGAUCAGAUAUGGGGUGUAGACUCCCAAAGUUGCGCAAGACCGAAGAGAGGCACAGCCCAGGAAAUAUCUACUCCACCCUCCGACGUCCUCAGGUGGAGACCAAAGUAGGAGUGGCCUACACCUACCACUUCCUGGAUUUCCUGUUGGGAAAAGAAGAGGUGCCGGUGUCAUCAGUCCUUUGUCUGUCCUCGGUCAGAGAGCUGCCGGUUCAGGUCAGGGAGCUCUACACACAGGGUUUUGUCCUGGUUGCCGUCCACCCCUUUGUUCACCCCUGCGGGCCCCGCCAAGCGCACAUCCAGCGCCAGCUCCACCGGGCCGUGCUGGUCCGAGAGACACCGAGUUCGGAGAAAAGCCAACUGAGAUGGGCAAGAAAUCGUCUGGAGACGGAUGUCUGUGUGGCUGGUCAUCAGGCUGCUGACCCAGAAGUCAUCCAGAGCUACGUCAAGAGGAUCCAGGAUGUAGCAGAGCAAGGUGUGAUGUUUGUGGGCUUUCUCCAGCAGCCGGGGGGAGGACCUUGCUUCUUAGGAAAUUGGGAUCCCGACGAGCUGUCGUCCUUACAUUCAAGCCCUUCUCCCAUACAUCGACACCCCUUCAGUGCCAACACCAGCCCAACAGAUCCUACAGAACCUCGUCAAAAUGGUGUUGAAACUGAUCGGUGCUCCUCUGAGUUAGAUCAUUGUGAGUUUAACUGUAAUCCACAGGAGCACAGCACUUUGGGCCCAAGAGAACCAGACUUUAGCCCUGCCCCAGGAGAGUCUAGUGAACAAGUUCUUACCUCACAGAUCAGCUUCAAAGAGUCAACGAAUGAACCUCAAAAUCACAUCAAACCUGGUUUAGACACAGUUCAAAGCUCUGCAGAGACCCAGGGGAACGGGCUAAGUCCGACCCUUCCAGAAACAGCAGGUUCAACAAGGCCGCAGGAGCGUGGCGUACCAGGAGCUAAAGGAAACUUGAGUGGAUGCACAGAAAAACGUUUUAGCCUUCCAGACCAGAGAGAGAGACGUGGUUCAAGCUCAGACAGCUGGCUCAGCUCUCCAGAGUUGGAUCGUAACAGUGAAAGAAAGUCUGCUCGUGCACAUGGGCAGAGCACAGUGACGACGCACAACAACAACCACAUCAGGCUAAAGAGUUCCGAAGAAGACAAGGGGGCAACCUCGCCACUGGCGCAGGCCAGGAUGCAGCUCUUUGCACUGUACAACCACACAGAAGAGCUGAACAGCUCUCUGAGGUUCUACUCACUCAGGGUGCCACUGCAAGUGCAAAAGGAGGCAGGGCUAAUCACAGAAGUUGAUGCACAUUGGCUCGACCACUUGACCCAGCAUUUCAACAGCGGAGCACACCUCAUUGAUGGGUUUUUCCAUCUCGGAGAUGAUAACGCUAAUGGGGUUUCAUCUGUGGAUAGCGUGUUCAUCCUCCAGACCUCUGCUGAGGAGACUGCAAACACUUCUUACGAUGCUAUCGUAGUUGAGCAGUGGACAGUUGUUGACGGUGUUAUGGUGAAGACAGACUACAUCCCACUGCUUCAGUCUUUAGCUCCGUAUGGAUGGAGACUGAUGUGCGUGCUACCCACACCCAUUGUCAAGACAAACAGUGACGGAAGUUUGUCGACGAAGCAAAUUCUUUUUCUUCAGAGACCCGUUUUGCAGCGCAAGAGAAAAGACUUCAAGAUGCUGAACCUCAGGGGUCGCAGCAAGGCAAAGAAAAGUGCUACUGGAGAAUUGGUAGAAGAGAGAGAAACCAGGUCCCCUUUGAUAGAGACAGAGAUGGACAGGUUAAGAAGAAACUCAAAAGAGGAGGAAGAGGAGGAGGGAGGAGGAGGGAAGAGCAGGGACAGCGGAAGGAGCAAAAGAGCAGUCCUGCAGCAAGGUGAGGAUGGAGGGGAAGAGGAUCCACCACAUCAAAAGGACUUCUUGUUCCUGUCAAAGAGCAGGGCUUCUCUUGAAGACCAGGAAGAGGAAACUGACAUUGACAAGAUCCCACUGCCCAAGCAGGAGAAGUCAGUAAGAUGGACAGAUUUCUAUCAGGAAGCCAACGCAGGACCCAAGGAGGCGGCGAGGGUGGAAGAGCGGAUCAGACAACAGCUCUUCUCUGGUGUUUGUUGACAUAUUCGGCACAAAGCGAGCAAAGGGCACCAAAACCUGGUUAGUCUAUAAAAAAGCUUUUCAACUUUUUGUUGACUUGCAUUUUUUAGUUCCUUUGUGGACAAGCCCAGAAAUAACCACUGUAUUCAUAUUGCGUUCUGUUGCUAACGCUUCUAUCUGCUCUGUUUAGGGCAUUAACACAAUGCCUUUUGAGGUCGUAGCUCCUGUAAAUGGGAAAAGUGUCGUGCAGUCUUCUGCUUCGGGUUGGUGCUGCUAUGUGUCUUUAUAUGAAAUGAGACUGUACAACCUAGAGUUAGCCUCCAGUCCAAGCCUUAAGUAUUAUUCUUUCACACUGUUGUAUUUUACUACAUUCUUGUAAUAGGACUGUGAGUUUUGAUUUCAAUGGGCUCACUGUAUUUUUAUAUGUAUGGAAAACAAAAAGUAUAAUUUAAGAGGAAAAACAAGUGCGUAGUACUGCAUUACAGCCUAAAUCGAUCCGUUCGUGUUAGCUUAUGCGACGGCUGAAGAGUAACAAGGAUGCAGCUCAGUGAUGUUGAUGGUAUUUAAAUCAUUUGAUACGUUGUUUUGAUUCCAGUUUGUGAGCGCUUACUUUUAACUCUGUGUGUUUUUGCUCACAUAUCUCGGUCACGAUUGUUAAUACUCUACCCUAUUUUCAAGGAUUUGUUUAGAAUGAAUAAUAAUAGCACAUAUAUAAUUAUCAGAUGGCUUAAAUUCUCACAGGUGCAGGAAAAAGUUUGUUUUUUUCAUAUUUCUGUAACAACAUGAUCUAAUAUGUCAUCAAAUUUGUCUAGUGUGAAAAGUAGAAAAAGAAAACCCAGUUAAAUAAAGGUUAGAUAUUAUGUGACACUCUCUAUUGAGGAAAAUGACUGGUAUGACUGGGCCACUGGUAAGCCAUUAUGGCCUAGAUGCCACAAAAAAAGCUUCAAACCAUAAAUCUACCAACACUAGCUUUCACAUAUCAGAUGAGGUUCUUAUCCUUCAAUGGAGUGCUUUCAAAAAGACAAUAUUUUUUAGUCUCAUUGAGCUACAAAACAGCCUUCUCACUUCAGUAAACUGCACCAGUGUUCUUGGAGAGCAGUGCUUUUCUCCUUACACUCCUCCCCAGCUCACCAUUAUUGUUCAGUGUUCUCCUGAUGGUAGACUUACAAACAUUAUCCAAGCAGUUAUCCUGGGUUUCUUUGGGGUUAUCAUACUCCUUUCUCUUUGUCAGUCACUCCUGGGGAGGGCAACACUCGUGGGUGGGUUUGCAUCCUUUUUCAGGGUGGUAAGCAUAAACAAUUAUUCUGAAAUCCUUAGAAAUUCCUUCCUUCCUUUGUAUGUACGACGACAAAGGGUAAUUAUUCACUUCCCUAAACGUGAGUUGUAAAGAAUAGACUUUGAUAGUUCUAUAAAUAAAAACAGAGAGCACACACAGUCAAGUUUUAGCUGAUUAAAACUGGAAAUUCUUAGGUUCAGAUUUCACCUACUUUUGCCACACACAGACAUACAAUCAUGGAUCCUUUUCCUCAAUAACUAAAUGAAGUUAAUAAGUAAGCAUCUAUUUUUUUUUUCAAUUUAAUCAGUAGUUAGAAUUUUUGUUAAAAUCUGAUAACAGUUUAGAUCUAAUUUAUGCAGAAAUAUAGAAAAACUUAAGGGGUUUAUAAACUUUUAUCCUGCAACAUUAUCAGUAUGAAUCUCAGAAAAACAGCAAGGGUCGGGAUUUGAAGUGCACUGAAGUCUUGAGUUUUGUUUUUAUUAUUAUUGUAAUAAGGUGUUGGUUGCAAUUUGUCAGAGGAAAAGAUUAUCAAAGCCUGUGUUAAACAAAUCAACUGUCUACAUGGCUACAAACUACUAGAGGCUGUUGAUUAAUUGACACUUUUUUGUAAUUUGGGUAAACUUGACCUUAGAAAAUGUGUAAUUUAGAAAUCAGAUAUUUACGACUCAUUUCCUGGACCACCUGUGUUGUGUAUAAGUAGUGUAACAUGUAGGUCUUCAUAUAAAAAAAAGAGUCAAUAAAGUCUUUGCAGGCGGACUUGACUCAAUUUUCUUUAUUUCCUUUAAAAUCAUAAACAGCUGUCCUCAUAUGAGGAAGAAAUGCACAAACAACUCAAAAUUGAGUCUCAACGGCACAACCCCCCACUGAGAGAUGACAACAGGAAGCUUGCAACCAUCUCUGAGGGAUGUUCAGUGAUCCGAGCCAAUUGCAGACCACCUGGA